AUGCAAACAACAGGACUGAACAACUACUAUAGAAACUCGUCCCUUCCCACAGAAGAAGCACACGAGGAACAAGCAGACCAGUGCAGUAAGUUCUUUAAAGUACUCAAAGUAGAGUACCCAAAGUUCUUCACAAUGGCAUUCCUUUACUACUGCAUUGUCUUAGCAUACUCCAUCCUUAGAGACACAAAAGAUGCCGUGGUACUUGACAGAAUGUUACCAGCAUCCAUCCAGUACCUUAAGUCAUUCAUUGUAAUGGGCGUAACCAUGGGAUUCGCAAUCCUAUUCCAGCUACUCCUAGCACGGGGUGUCACACUAGAGAGACUUAUGUUUAUAUUCAAUGCAGGAUUCGGAAUAUUCUUCUUUGUGUACGCUCUGGUCCUAUUACCAAGCAUAGAUUACAUAGAACCGUACAAGUUCUGGAUCCAUGACAUAUUCGCAGACAAGAAGAUGUUCAUUAAUGGGCUUGAGUUCUUACAGGGCUUAUUCCUUACGAUUAAUUUCUGGACGGGUACGCUUAUUUACAUAACAGCUGAAUUAUGGGGCAAUGUGAUGGCUUCACUGAUGUUCUUCGCAGUGGCUAAUGAAAUAUGUCCAUUAAAGCAGGCCCUCCGGUUCUAUCCGUUAUUCAUUAUUGCUGCUAAUUUAGGCCUGGUCACAUCGGGUGGGUCUAUGAUACUGAACUAUUACGUGCUUACGGCAUUCCCUGAGUACAAGACAAAGAUAAUCGGUGGGUUUAUUGCAUUUGUAUCUGCACUGUGCGCCAUGAACAUAUUCACGUACAGGCACUUAGUCAAGAACAUCAUACCGUACCCUAUCUACAUCAUAUCUGAAGGUGCCCCCAGGAGGAGUGGUGGCAAGGAGAAGGUGGGCAUCCUUGAUGGGUUUAAGAUUAUGCUGAAGACCCCGAUCGUAUUCCACUUGUCAAUUACUGUGCUUGGGUACGGGUUAUGCACUAACUUAACAGAAGCCGCAUUCAAGUCUGCGUUAAGGAGUGCUUCUAAGUCAAGUGGUUCUGAUGUCAUGACGAGUGUAGUGCUCGUACAGGGAUCCCAGCAGAUAACGAUCGGGUUAGUGGUCAUUGCGAUCCUCCUGUCCCCGAUUAAGUCAUUAAUCCAGAGGAAGGGGUGGCUCGCCCUGGGCAUGAUUACGCCCGUGUGUACGCUGAUCAGUGCGAUGUCAUUCCUGCUGCUCGUAUGGGCGAAUGCUUCAGUGACUGUCACUGGCAAGGAGGCAGAGAAUCUUCUUAACAGAGUCAGUAAGCGGCUGUUCACUGCCGUAGGGUGGGUUAAUAACCCAGAAUUAGAGUCACGGGUAGGCUUCUACGCCGUAAAUGCCAUAAAGAUCUUGAAGUACGCUGCAUUCGACAUAGGCAAGGAGGCGAUCGGUAUAAAGAUCCCGAAGGAGUACAAGGCCCGGUUCAAGGGGGUGUACGACGGUGUCUGUGGUAAGCUAGGCAAGUCACUUUCAUCGAACUUACAGAUCCUUAUGCUUGGGAUGCUGAACCUGUCUGAUAUCCGGACGGCCGCGUUCCUUCUGGCCGUGUCGGUCCUUGGGGUGUCCCUGGUGUGGAACUUCUCCACGCUGUAUUUAGGCCGGAAGUACGACGAGUCCGUCCGGGAGGGCCGUGACUUAUACAUUGGUGAGAUAUCCAGCAAGAAGCAGGUCAACAAGGAAAGCAAGUUAGUUCAAUAAACCACCACUAAUAUUACCGUUUACUCCCACGCGUAC